AUGUGCAAUUUGUCGUGUUUUUUCCAAAUUUUUAUUUCAACAACAAUAGAUAAUAAUUCAUUGCCAGAUAAAAUUGAAGAAUUAUUAACAAUGAUUAUUGAAUGUGAAAAGGAAAAACUGUUUUGUGGUGAACCAAAAGAUGAGAUGACAUCUUUGAAAGUACAUUACAAAAAUAAUCUAUUUCAACGUGGUGAAUUAAAAGCAAUUUUUGAUAUUCGAGAAUUAUUUCAUGAAAAAGUUCGUUAUGAAGAAAAAACCGGGCAACGUUUAUUUGAACAAGAAUCGUCAGUAUUUUCUGCAGUGCCAGGAGCUCUGGUAGUGGAUAAUUUUGACGACGCUUGUUUCAAUUCGGAUGCUGUAGUACAACCUUGGUAAGUUAUUUUCUUUCGCAAAUAACACUUGUUUUCACAAAAGUAUAGGAAUAGUAGAAGUAACACUACUCCGUGUAUCUGAAAAUUCUAAAGUGCUGCUUAUUUUUUCAACUGCUCUUGUGAGCCCAAGUAUCGUUGUCUCUAUAAGUACAGUGGAUCGAAAAAUUAUUGGCCCACCUUUAUUUUUAAUCUUCCCCGUCGACCAUAAUAGCUAGAAGGAAUUUGAACAGCUGAACGAAUUUCCAAUCUAAUGUGAUGUAUAUAAAGAUUUCAUCGAAAGUCCUGAAACCAGGAUCUCUGGGAAACUAAAAUCUUAGAAAAUCAAGUCCCGGAGUUCGAUCUAGAAAUUCUUUGCAAAUAAGUCUGUUGUUUAGAGCAAACAUUUCUGAAGAAAAUGAGAUGUCUCCGAGCUCUUUACGACAUUUUUUCAUGAAACAGCAUUCAGUUUACGCAAGGCCCCAUGCAAGGCGUAUUUUUCUCGUUUUCCCUUUAAUUUUGCUGCUUUUAGUAAUACGGGGAAUUUCAGAAUAUAGCACUUCAGAAGUUUAGAGUACUAGAAAUUAAGAUUAAAAGAAUUGCCGAAUAUUAUAAUUGUAUGAUAUUGAAUCUUUCGAUUCCGAAAUUAUCUUUAAUUUUCUCUUGACGAAAAUUAAACAGCAGAUAAACAGGUAAUAUACAGAUCCUACUUCUAAGAUUGGGAAGGCGACUGAGUGAAACAACAAUUAGACAAAAACAGAGAUGCCAUAAUCCAAGUACACUGUGCACUGGCAGUCCACGGAUCCAAAUUCUAUUACUGCACGUAACGAGAUUUCAGUUAACAUACAUGCAUAUGUAACUAAAUUUUAA